AUGGGAAAGGCAAAGAAAACGAGGAAAUUCGCAGCCGUAAAGCGCAUGAUCAGUCCCAAGGACAUUCGCUUAAAAGAAAAUCAGGCGAAACAACAGAAAAAGGAAGAAGAGGCAAAGGCAAAAGCCGUUCGACGGGUUGCACCUGUUGCCUCGUCCUUGUUCCUGGCCCAUAACACUGCGCUAGUCCCCCCUUAUCGCGUCCUCAUAGAUACCAAUUUCAUCAAUUUCUCUCUCCAAAACAAACUCGAACUCGUUAGUGGAAUGAUGGACUGCCUAUAUGCCAAAUGUAUACCUUGCGUCACUGACUGUGUUAUGGCCGAGCUGGAGAAACUUGGUCACAAGUACCGUGUCGCUCUUCGCGUCGCUCGUGACCCCCGAUUUGAGCGUUUACGCUGUACACACCCCGGAACCUAUGCCGACGACUGUUUAGUGCAACGAGUUACUUCCCACAAAUGCUACGUCGUGGCGACGUGCGAUCGCGAACUCCGGCGGCGUAUUCGUCAAAUACCAGGCAUUCCACUCAUGUAUAUUGUUCGGAGGAAGUACGCCAUUGAGAGAUUGCCCGACCAGGGUGCGCCGACUUGA